UUGUGUUUGUAUGAUGAUUGAUGAUAUAUUGUUAACCGUCAAAGGCGUCAAUCCGGUGUUAUAUAUAAAUUCCGGUUGUCACUUUGUUUAAGUUACUAUUAUAAGUAUGUUUUUAUCGUGAUUUGUCUGAAUGCUUUUUAUUUACUGUGUACAUUUUGAUAUAAUUAUAAGAAUUGUAAUGCAAUUUGUAUAGCUACAUAUUUUGAUUCAGCUCAAUAGAAUCAGCUUCGGCUGUAAAGGCGAUUACCUAAUCAUAAACAACAUGAGGAAAUCUUCAUUAGGACGCCGCUCCUCAACCCAUAUACCGGUUCGAGUUCCUAGUCUGGGAGCGAGUGGUCAGAGAACAUGUUCCGGUGGGAAGAAGUCAGUGAGCCAGAUGAAGCAGCCUGGGUUCUCUCAACGUGGGAGGUCUCAGUCAGAGGAACGGGAAAGUUAUGGAGGUCGAGCUACCAUCGGAGGACUGGUACGGAGCAACACAGCAGGGGCUCUGGCCCCUCGGAGUUUGGGUGCCAUGACACCUAUUACUCCCCGCCAGAGCAUACACAGCAACCUACCCACUGGCAGUGCUCGAGUCCCCAGGAAUCAAACUAUGAGUACGGAUUCCAAUCGGAGAAUGAGUAGUUUCGGUGGAACAAAGAAUGCUCGUAAGGAUCCCAGGCCAAUCAGUGAAAAGGCCUUCCAGCAAAUGGCACAAGCUAGGGUGCAGCAAUAUUUUGACACGUAUGGGCUUGAGGUAAUUGGCCCUGGAAACAGUAUCCGUCGGAUGAAUACCAAGCUGUUUGUUGACAUGAUGGACCAUAUGUUGAAGAAGAUUGAUUCACGUAUAGUUUUAACGAAAACAAACUUCUUGGAAGAUCUCCCACUCUUGCUACGUAAAUUAGGGUAUCGCUCUAAAGUGGACAGGUCUUGGCUCAUGACAGUAAACACGUCUCACUCUUGGCAGCAUGUGAUAGGUGUGCUCUCCUGGCUGGUAGACAUCUUGGAGUGUGUAAGCUCUGUAGAACCUUUCGAUAUGAUGAUCGGUAAUAACUUGAAUGAUGAUGAGCCUAAUGAAGAGGAGAAUGCAGAAGAUUUCCCCAUUGAUAAAGAUGUUAUUCAUCAUUUGAAAAAAUCAUAUAGGUACAAAGAUGAUCCCAUGGCUGAAGAAAUUGUUGAUAGAAUGGAUUCAGAAUACAUUGACAAGAUGAUCACAGACUUCAAGUGUACGGAUGAAGACUUUGAAGUGCUAGAAAGAGAAAUCGAAUUAAAAAGAGAAGAAGUGGAUGGAGAAGCUCAGAGAAAAGACGCUCAAUUAGAAAUGAUAGAGAAACUGAAAAUAAAACGUGAUGCACUGCAAAAUGACUGCCAAAAUAAUGAAGUAUUCAUUGAGGAAUCCAAUGUCUUUAUCAGAACCACUGAAGCAAAGCUGCUAGCUUUAGAACAAGAGAUUACUCUUAAAAGAACAUUUGUAUCCAAAAAACAAGAAGAACUGUUUAAGCUCCAAGAAAAGGUCAGCAACCAGCAAAUAUCUGUCCAUGAAAAAGACAAAAUUGCCAAAGAAAAACAUGAUUUACAAAGAAUGAUAAUAUUCUAUGAAAAUGGUAUUCGUGAAUAUGAAAACUCUGUAUUUGCGGUGGAUUUGAAAUCUGCAGAGACACAGAGAAAGUUGGAAAAGUCAAUUGUAGAAUACAACAAGAUUGUUGCAGAAAAAAUUAUUGUAGAACCUCGGUUAAAGAAUGUUGAAGUUAAAUUUACUUUAUUGAGUGAAAAAAAUAGUCAAGAAAUGGAUAUUAUAGAUGGAAAUUUGAAGACUCUGAAGGAAGAAUAUAAGAACUCGAUAUUUGAAUUGAAAUCGAAGAAAGAAGAAUUAGAAAAUAUACUUUGGCAGGUCAAGCAGGAUCAGAAAGAAACAAAAGAGGAAAUAGCUAAGGAAUGUGCAUUCAUAGAAGGAAUAGAGUGUGAUAUAGAGAAACAAGAGGAGUCGAUUAAUAAGGAGUCUCAAAAAUUAAAAGAAGAGCUGAGCCGUUAUCAGAAAAUGAUCAAAGAGAUAUUGGAGGAAAUUUUUACACUUUGAUCAAGCUAAACUUGAGGCAAAGAAACAAGAACUGAAGAAGAUUGAACAUGACUGGGAAUUGGUUCAAAAAAGAACGAAAUAUCUCCUCGAAAAGCAUAUGGAAAUAACAAUGGAAGCAUUCAAUAAAGUCCAGGUAGUUGUAAAGAAAUUUGCCAAGGUUGCAAAUGAGUUUUCGAAGGAACACUUGGAGCAAUAAACAUUUUCUUUCAUUCUUUAAUAUGUAAAUAUUGUGCUUUUAAUGGUACUAUUGUGGCUAUAUAUCAAUUUAAUAUGUGUUACUAACUUAUUGUAUUGAAUUUUAUCGCUUUUGUUGUUGCUUUAAUUUUACUCCUUAUGUUUGGUAUAAAAAUGUUUAUAUGUUAAGUUUUGCACUAAUAAUAAUUUAGUACGAAUCAACUUCUUUCCACAGUAUAGAACUAAGACCAUGACACUGUAUCUAAGAGGUUGUUUUCAUUUCUGGAGAGAUCAGUUCCAAUUUGCUCAGUAUGUUUUAACUUUUUGUCUCAAACUCAAAGUUUAUAACAUUUUCCACUUAAAUAACACUAACUGAAAUGCUUUGGUAUUAAAAUAACCUGACCAAAUGUAACUUACUGCCAAAAUGUAAACUCACAAUAAACUUACUUUUUCAGUAAUAAAAGCUAGAGAUAUCAGAUAAUUAGAUUGUUUUUUUUUAUAUAUAUAUAUUUAUUCAACAAAGAGAAGUAAUUAUGUGACAAGACUUAAUUUUUCCACUUUUACUACAAUUAACUAAACUGUAACUUACACGGCUUAGCAUCAACAUCAACUUAAAAGUCUACAUAUAAAAAUGUGUAAGAUUUAAAACAACUAAGUAAGAAAGUAACAGAAGAAUCAAACAAAAUUAAGUUUAUCAAUAUGGUUUCUAUUGUAAUGAUACAUUUUCAAACAUAUGAAAUAUGUUCCAUUUAUUUUGUAACCAUUUCUCUUACUAAAUGACGCUGAAAACCAUUAUGAAAAUAAAAAUUGAUGAGAUUAUAUUGAAGUGACAAGGUAAGCUGAGGUGAUUUUAUAAAUCAGGCUGAGAGCCAAGAUUUCUAGGGGUCCAGGUGGCCUCUUAAGCUUCAUUUCACAUUCCGCCUAAUGCAACAUUCCCAUUCAUAAAACAGCUGCACUGACACAUGGGUGGGGACAGUCCCGCUCUCUUAAAACGCCACCUGGAUGCCUAGCAAUCCAUUAACUUUGUGGUUCUUGUUUUCCUUACUGUGACUCGCGUUAGUCGGAAAUCUGUCAUGCUUCCUUUCAGCUGAGUAUUUAAUCUCAAGUUGUUUUUGUUGCCACAACAACUGGUACAACAAAUGAAAAGCGACAGCCGAGCUUUAGUAGAUCAGCUGGUCGGGGAGCAGUCCACCAUUUGGUAAUGUCUUAUUCCUCUACCGCAUUGAAUUAACCAUACCUAUGUUUUGUUUAUAGCAGGGCCGUGCGCAGAAUUUUAUUUAGGGGGGGUUCUAUACUUAUUUUAUGAAAUAAAAAAGAAGAAACUUAAAUAAGUAAUAGAUUAAAAAUUAAUACGUAUGGAAAAUGAGUUUAUUAUAAAAUUGUAAAACUACAUACUUUUAAUACAUUUGUAACUCAUUCUUUAAACAAAGUAAAAACUUUUUCAAAUAAAAACAUAUGUGGUCUACUCUUUCAAUAAGUUGAUGCGUCGAGGUACAGAAAAAAAUUCAUCUAAUACUGAGUUCACAUCUACUUCAAUGUCUCGAUGAAUGUUCAGUGAUGCCAAUCCGUUCAAUCGAUUUUCACUCAUGGUAGAACGCAAAUAAUUUUUCAACCUGCGUAAUGUUGAGAAAGAGCGUUCGUUUGUCGGAUAUAUGGAAACAAUAUGAUAUAUCCCAAUCUUCAAGGGGGGGGGUUUGAACCCCCAAAACCCCCCCCCCAUGCGCACGGGCCUGGUUUAUAGUGUUUUCAUUAUUUAAUGGGCUAAAAAGUUGAAAAAUUGUAAAAAUCAAGUGAGACUUUUUAUGUAAGUAUUUAUUCUGUAUAUUCAUGAAAUCAUAUUAUAUUUAUGAAAUAUUACUGAUAAUAAUUAUUUUUUUGUGUGAUCUACACAAAACAGAUCUUCCACAAGGACUUUCUUCUAAUCUCUGUUAUCUAUGGGCAGUUUUGUACUGUGUUACUCUCAUUUAAAUGAUUUUAAUCCCAAAAUGUACAUAACACUAGGAUUUAAGAUCAUUUGUAAUUUUUUAUUGUACAUUUGAAAUAUAUUUAUAAUAAAAAGAUGGUACUCAAUUUUAAAA